AGGAGGUAUUCAUCCUUAUAAAAGAGUGUCUGGUUUUUCCUUCUUUUAGACAAAGAGAUAUAUGUGUGUGUGUUUUAUAAAAGAGAGAAUAAUGGAAGAUAUGCAGGUAAACCAAAUGGCAGUAACACAUCUGCUUCAACAUACAUUAAGAAGCUUUUGCAUUCAUGAAAACUCACAAUGGGUUUAUGCUGUUUUCUGGAGAAUUUUGCCAAGAAACUACCCUCCUCCCAAGUGGGAUGGUGUAGGGGGAGCAUAUGAUAGGUCCAGAGGCAACAGAAGAAAUUGGAUAUUGGUAUGGGAAGAUGGUUUUUGUAACUUUGGAGCAUCAUCAACAAGUAAUGCUGGAGACUGUUCUGCUGCGGUUAGUUAUGCUGAUCAUGAAUCUGCAGCAGGCCUUCAACCUGAGCUUUUCUUCAAAAUGUCCCAUGAGAUUUACAAUUACGGCGAAGGGUUAAUUGGAAAAGUAGCCGCAGAUCACAGUCAUAAAUGGAUAGCCAAAGAGCCAAAUGAUCAUCAAGAAAUCAACUUUUUGUCAACCUGGAAUAAUACAGCUGACUCACAUCCAAGGACAUGGGAAGCUCAGUUUCAGUCUGGUAUAAAGACCAUUGCUUUGAUUGCUGUUAGAGAAGGUGUCAUUCAACUAGGAUCCAUUCACAAGGUAAUUGAGGACUUGAACUAUGUGGUGCUACUAAGAAAAAAGUUCAGCUACAUAGAAAGCAUCCCAGGAGUACUGUUGCCACACCCAUCUUCCUCGGCGUACCCAUUUAAAGGAGACGGCUACAACGCGUCUGAUCAAGCAUGGCAUUUUCAGGGUGGCAAUAUGUCAAUGGUACCACCACCCGAAUUAUAUCACCGCUACAACUACAACCAACCGUUGAACAUAACUCCUUCAAUGAGCAGCCUUGAAGCUCUUCUUUCCAAACUCCCAUCCGUUGUCCCGGUUUCCUCAUCACCUCCACCAGUUCCACCAUUUUGUGAUCAGGGGACGCCGCCACAUUAUGUUGUGGCGGUUAGUAGACCGAUGGAGUUUUGGGGGGUGGAAGCAAAGGAGGAGGUUGAGGAAGAGGAUGUAAAAGAUGGUGGAGAAUGUAGCAGUUCUAUGACUUCUUAUAACCAUGAACAUUAUGGUUAUCAUAAUCAUCAUGAUUUGAAUGUAAGCAAUUGCAUGCACAAUAAUGGUUAUUAAUUAAUUAGUAAUUGAGCUAAUAACUAAUUAAUCAGUGGUUGAUUAUAUUAACAGAAGAUUGUUUAGUAUAGUGUUAUAUGUAUUAAGUGCAAUUUGGUCCAAUUUCAAUAGUGUGUUUCUUUGGUUUCA